AUGUCGGUGGUCUUUGCGUUCAUUUUUCUUCUCGUCAACACCGUCGUCCUAUCGACGAUUCUGUUUCAAUGCGCGACGGCGAAGAGAUCAAAUCAGCACAAGAACAAGUCGAAAAAGUCCACUCGAUCCCGUAAAUCGAGUCGCAGUGGAAAGUCGAGCAGAUCGAGGAAAAGUAGUCGAAGUGGAAGAUCCACGGCGUCGUCAAAGUCUGGAAAAUCGUCUAGAUCUGGAAGAUCCUCCAAGUCCGGAAAGUCUUCGAAAUCCAAAUCUGUCAAGUCGUACAAGUUGAAACCGAAUCCAAAGGGACAGAGCAAUAAAAAAGUGCAAGCGGCCAUUCUAGCUGACCAAAAAGCAGCCAAAGAUGCCAUCAACCCAUCUCUGAAAGAAGUUCACGACUUGUCGACUUCUGAAAAACAGAUGAAUCAAUUGGUUACCAAAAAAGAAGGAAACUCCAAAGUGUCUUACACCAAUAUCCGUGUCAUCCCCCAUGAAAUCAGCUUCCCACAAAUCGGAGGACUCAAACAUGUUCGGAUCAAGAACUCGUCUGGAAAACGGAUAGUUUAUAUGGUGAAAUGUUCGGAUAACAUGAUGUAUAGUAUCAAUCCAGUCUAUGGAAUUAUCGAGAAUGACAAGGAUGCUCAAAUCAAUAUUUUGAGAGAAAAUGGAGAGGCCAAGUACGAUAAAUUGGUUAUUAUUACUGCUGUGCACACGGACAAGAACAAGACUGCCGAGCAGACAUUCGCCAGUCUCAAUGACAACAACUCUCAUAACUACAAUAUCAAUGUGGUUCCUCUUCUAAUUCAGUAG